AAAAAAUCCUGAAAAUUGACCACAUGCAGCACUCAUCGUUGUUCUUGUUGUUCACAAAAUCGAAAGAAAAGAAUCACAAAUAUUUGCUUUGUGAUUCCUUUCUAUUUGCAUUUAAUCAUAGAUAAAAUAUUUAAAUAUUAUAUACUUGACGAAAUUAUACAAAUUUUUAUUUAAAAAAUUCAAGUGGCUUAAGACAAACACAAACUUGAAUCUACACCGUGUAAUGGGCGAUAGAGAUUGGAGAUUUUUUGUUUACGGUGGUGUCGCAUCAAUUACAGCUGAAUUUGGUACAUUUCCUAUUGAUACAUCGAAAACCCGCCUUCAGAUUCAAGGUCAAAAGAUCGAUGGCAAAUUCACACAGCUGAGAUAUCGUGGAAUGAUAGAUGCAUUUAUAAAAAUAACAAAAGAAGAAGGAAUCGGUGCUUUAUAUUCUGGCAUUUGGCCAGCUGUACUGAGACAAGCUACCUAUGGAAGUAUCAAAUUUGGAACUUAUUACUCUUUGAAGAAAUUACUUGACGAAAGAGGUUUGCUUGUCGAUGCUGAAACCGGUCGCGAACCAGUAUGGAAGAAUAUGGUUUGUGCGGGGACGGCUGGAGCCAUAUCAAGUGCAAUUGCCAAUCCUACAGAUGUCCUUAAAGUUCGGAUGCAAGUUCACGGGAAGGGCGCUCAAGAUAAAGGACUUGUGGGGAGCUUCCAUGAUAUUUAUAAGUACGAAGGAAUUGGUGGCCUGUGGCGGGGGGUCGGGCCGACAGCUCAACGGGCGGCUGUUAUUGCUGUGGUUGAACUUCCUGUUUAUGAUUUUUGUAAGGUUCAUCUUAUGAGUAAUUUUGGAGAUCAUGUGGCUAAUCAUUUUAUAUCUAGUUUUGUAGCUGGUUUAGGAAGUGCAAUUGCUUCUACACCAAUUGAUGUGAUAAGGACGAGGUUGAUGAACCAAAGACGUAUAGCUGUAGCAAAUGCUGGAACUACUACUGCAACACUGUAUACGGGCAGUUUUGAUUGUGCUCUUCAAACCGUUCGAAAUGAAGGAGUAUUUGCCCUGUACAAGGGUUUCAUACCUACUUGGAUACGAAUGGGACCUUGGAAUAUAAUCUUCUUCAUAACGUAUGAACAGCUCAAGAAGUUCUAGUAGUACAAACUGAUAAACCGAAUUCAAACUAACGAAGAACCAAAAGUGGCUAAGGACAAGUUAAAAAAAAAAAUACUUUCCCUUAUUUCCGAUAUAAAAAAAAAAACAACAAAAAUCAACAACACCCAAGUUGCACUUAAAUUUUCUUAUCUUGAGCGCUUCGCGGGUGGUGUACCUCUCUUUAAAUAUAGUUUAGAAAUUUUUAACUAUACAAUUCGAUUUAUUAUAAAUAUAUUUAUAUCUUUCUUAUUGGCACACCAAAAGUAGUUUAAAAAACAUUAAAAAAAAAAACAGAAAUCAAACCACACA